GUUUUUUUGUUAUCAUCAGAAAAUACCUUCUCUUAUCAAAAAUCUUCAAACAGGGAAACAAACAAACCCUAUAGUCCAGAGACUCCUAUACUCUCUGUUCAUCUCUGGGAAACUUAAUUAACCCAUUUAAAGAAUCAAAACUAAGAAGUUUCCUUGUCUCUAGGCUCUGAGUUGUGCCGUCUUUGCAGAGAGUGUCAAAAACGAAAACGGAGUUGUUUUUGCAGUUACACAGAGUGAAGAGCAUUAAAAGCUUUUCUUCUUUCUUUUCUUUCUCUGCUGCAAUUCUUAUUAAACGCUUCUGAACAUUGCUGUCCGAUACAUCCAAUGGCGAUUACUCUACAGUUUUAAUUUCUCUCUCACACAAACACGAGAUACAUACAUCAAAAAAACCCUUCUUUUCCGGAAUUAAGUCCACGCAUUUUGUUCAUUCAAACCAAAGACCAGAAAUCCCCCUAUUUAAAAACCAAAGAUACUUGCUUUCUCAGAAGGAGGAGGAAAACAGAGAUAUUGUUCUUUUUUCUAUCUUCUGAUCCAAAAUGCAACCUCAGAAAGGUGAAGAAGGUCCAAUAGUAUCAUCAAAUUACAAUGAAACAGAGAAUGGUGGGGCAGAAUCAACAAAAGAAGUAACUCAUGAACAUGAUCAUGAUUCUGGUUUUAAUUUCAAGAGUUUCCUCUGGCAUGGUGGUUCUGUUUAUGAUGCUUGGUUCAGUUGUGCUUCAAAUCAAGUAGCUCAAGUUCUAUUAACACUACCAUAUUCUUUCUCUCAACUUGGAAUGCUGUCAGGAAUCGUAUUUCAAGUCUUUUAUGGUCUUAUUGGUAGCUGGACUGCAUAUCUUAUUAGUGUUCUUUAUGUUGAGUUUCGAAGUAGAAAGGAGAAAGAAAAUGUUAACUUUAAGAACCAUGUCAUCCAGUGGUUUGAAGUGUUGGAAGGAUUAUUAGGUCCUUAUUGGAAAGCAAUAGGACUUGCUUUUAACUGUACUUUCUUACUCUUUGGCUCUGUUAUUCAACUCAUUGCUUGUGCAAGUAACAUUUACUACAUCAAUGAUCAUUUGGAUAAAAGGACAUGGACUUACAUAUUUGGAGCUUGUUGUGCAACAACUGUGUUUGUACCUUCAUUCCACAACUACAGACUUUGGUCAUUCUUAGGUCUUGGCAUGACUACCUAUACAGCUUGGUACAUGACCAUUGCUGCUGUUGUCCAUGGCCAGGUUGAGAAUGUAAGCCACACAGCUCCAACAAAGAUGGUAUUAUACUUUACUGGGGCAACAAACAUACUCUAUACAUUUGGUGGACAUGCUGUUACUGUUGAAAUCAUGCAUGCAAUGUGGAAGCCACAAAAGUUCAAGUCCAUUUACCUACUUGCAACCCUCUAUGUCUUCACAUUAACCUUGCCAUCAUCUAUUGCUGUUUAUUGGGCUUUCGGUGAUCAACUCCUAAAUCACUCCAACGCUUUCUCACUUUUACCCAAGAAUGGUUGGCGUGAUGCUGCCGUUAUCCUCAUGCUUAUUCAUCAGUUUAUUACAUUUGGAUUUGCUUGCACUCCAUUGUAUUUCGUAUGGGAGAAAGUCAUCGGAAUGCAUGACACAAAGAGCAUAUGUCUAAGGGCACUCGCUAGAUUGCCAGUAGUGGUUCCAAUUUGGUUCUUGGCCAUCAUUUUCCCCUUCUUUGGUCCUAUCAAUUCUGCUGUUGGUGCUUUAUUGGUUAGCUUUACUGUCUACAUCAUUCCAGCUCUUGCUCAUAUGCUCACUUACAGAAAAGCCUCUGCCCGUCAGAAUGCGGCAGAGAAACCUCCAUUUUUCAUGCCGAGUUGGACUGCAAUGUACGUACUCAACACAUUCAUCGUCGUUUGGGUAUUUAUCGUCGGUUUUGGGUUCGGUGGUUGGGCUAGUGUGACUAACUUCGUACAACAAGUCGACACGUUCGGACUGUUCGCAAAGUGCUACCAAUGCCCCAAGUCACCACCACCGGUGACCGUUGCUCCACCACCCAAACAUCACUAAAGAUUAGCAAAUACAGGCCAACCAAAUUCUCUUCUCUUCUUCUUCAUUUGUAUCAUACAUGUGGUGUAGUGUGCUUUUUUUUUUUGGUGUUUUAGCUUGGUUUGUAAACUAGUAGUAGUAGACAGUGUGUGUGCCCUUUGGGAAUCCUUUGCUAAUUGCCAUAUCAAAAGUAAAGGGAUGAUGAUAGUUUUAUUUUGUUGGAGGGUAAUUUUGUUGAUUUAAGUAUUAGAAAGUUUAUUUAUUGUUUUAACUUAAGUAAGUAAAGUAUUGAAAUAUAUAGAAGAAGAAAUAUAUAAAUUUUCUUUGGUAAUG